GAGGAAGUGAAGUGUGGACAGAGCUCAGAGGAACCAUCAGAUUUCGCUGCAGGUCCUCAAUACAGCAACGGCCGACCCUCACAAUGCCUGAAGGACCUGAGCUGCACUUGGCCGGCCGGUUUGUGAACCAGGUGAGUUCCGGGCUGGUGUUCUCGGGGAAAGUGGAAAAGUCGGAGGUCAGCAAGAACCCCGAGGUGCCCUUCGCCUGCCGUGCCUACACCAUCUGGGCCGUCUCCAGGGGCAAAGAGGUCAAACUGACCCUCACCCCGCUCAAGGAGGAGGCUGAGAAUGGUGAGCCAAAGUCAGAGGGCAACGAGCCAAGGUCAGAGAUCGGCAAGUUCCCGAGUGAGUCGAGGGCUCCGCUGGAUGUCGUCUUUCGCUUCGGGAUGUCCGGUCAGUUCAAAUUCACCCCCGUGGACGAGCUUCCCAAGCACGCGCACCUCAGGUUUUACACCAAAGACGAGCCCAGGAGGGUCUUGUGCUUCGUAGACACCAGGAGGUUUGGCAGCUGGGAGACCGAGGGGUCCUGGCAGCCGGACAGGGGACCCUGCGUGAUGUUCGAGUACGAGAAGUUCAGGGUGAACGUGCUGAACAAUCUCGCAGACAAAGCCUUUGACAAACCCAUCUGUGAGGUGUUAUUGAACCAAAAGUACUUCAACGGCAUCGGGAACUAUCUCCGUGCAGAGAUACUGUUCAGGCUGAAAGUGCCCCCGUUUGAGAAAGCCAGGACAGUGCUGGAAACUUUGGCGAAAAAACAAGAGCCGGUUCCCUCGCUGACUCUGAGUAAGAAAGUGAAGUUAAAGAUGGAGAACCCUGACUUUCUCGAGCUUUGCAAUACGGUGCCUCUCGAGGUUGUUGAUCUGGGUCCGAAGGGCUAUGAUCCCGAGCACAGAGAGAGCCCCUCUGCUUUUGAAGCCUGGCUUCAGUGCUAUUAUGUUGAUGGGAUGAAGUUGCUUCGUGACAGCAAUAAGCGAACCAUCUGGUUUCAGGGUGACCCUGGACCAAUGGCCCCUAAAGGAUCGAAAGUUCCCAAAAUAAAGCCCUGGAGGAAAAAGGCCACUGAGGAGAAUGGGGACCGGGCGAUAACUCCCAAGAAAGAGGAGGCCGGGGACGAAGAUGUGGUAUGGGAGGAGCAGGAGACGGACUCUCGUCGGCGAGCCGGAAGGUCCAAGGGGGUUGCGGGACAUGCCGUCAGAACCCGGAAAACCGCAGGCGGCCAGAAACGCGGGAAAUCCCCCCGCAUGGGAAAGAAACCACGGUUCAGUGCGUCUCCCGAGAAUCUAAAACCACGAGGAAAGCGCUCAGGAAAUCCAAACGUGAACAGAACCAGGUGUAAUGCCUGGACAUCAACCAGUGGCGAACUUCGGGCAAAGCAGGUUAUUGUGCUUUGAUCAUCGGCCGGUCAGAGACAGACUGAGGGGUUCUGCUGGGAAGGGGGGUGGAUGCUGCUGGGAUUCAGGCUGCUGGCUGCUGAUACCCAGUUGACAGCAAGGUCGGAUCCGUGCGACUUGUGUGAUGCUCUCAAUCUUAUCACUCUCUCUCUCUCUCUUUUCGUGUCUACACGUAGCACCAGCCAAGAUAAUUAACUGUCUGCUCUCCAUGAGUUAAUCAGUUAGCUUGAGUUAACUGAUUAACUAACGGAGGGCAGACAGACCAUUUUGUGGUGGGGGAUUUUAUAUUAAAAAAAGUGUCUUUUAUAAAAGUGGAGCCAUAAAUAUUUUCAAUAAAAAAAAUAAAAUCUGUCAAACCUGAAU